UUUUCAAAUGGACCAUGUGCUCUCUGCUCCAACGAGGACACUAAGUCGAGCGUGACUCGGAAUGGCCAGGAAGCGAGACCGCCGAGUAGCUGCCGAUUCCAGUGGCCGUCGAAACCGAGAUGGAACGUCAAAUCGUCAAAAUCAAAGCAAAGAAAGCAAGCUCACCAUCGUCUUCUUCGUCGUCUUCCUCGUAUCUGCUUCAAUUUCCAUGCUCGUGUACCGCAUAAAAUACGCUCCACGCAAGAAUUCACUCUUAGACGUACACCAACGUGGCCUCGUCAAAGCCAAUAUGAACUAUCGAGAAAUUCUCGCUGAGAAUGAGAAUGUUUUGGGAAAUAUGUCUCACCGGCAUUAUACAUAUCCUGUACUGGCCUACAUUACUCCAUGGAAUUCUAAAGGCUAUGAUCUGGCAAAAAGGUUCAACUCUAAGUUUACACAUUUAUCCCCUAUCUGGUAUACUCUAAACAGCCAAGGGACAAAAUUAAUUUUGGAGGGAAGGCAUAAUGCUGAUAUGGGAUGGAUCUCGGAUCUUAGAAAGAAAGGAGGUGCUCAGGUUGUACCCAGAGUCGUUCUGGAAGCUUUUCAUAAGGACCUGCUUAGAAAGAAGAAGUUAAGGGAUAAAGCAAUUAACCUCAUUGUGACAGAAUGCAAGGAAAUGGAUUAUGAUGGCAUCGUGCUAGAAUCCUGGUCAAGGUGGGCAGCAUAUGGUUUCUUGCAUGAUCCAGUCAUGCGGAAUAUGGCAGUACUGUUCAUAAAGCAACUUGGUCAAGCAUUGCAUUCUGCAAACUCAGGGACGAACAAUAAGCAGCUGCAAUUGAUCUACGUCAUAGGUCCACCACAUUCAGAGAGGCUCCAAGAGCAUGAUUUUGGGCCACAAGAUCUUCAGAUCUUGAGUGAUGCUGUAGAUGGAUUCUCUCUUAUGACUUACGACUUCUCAGGUCCUCAUCAUCCAGGUCCCAAUGCACCUCUUAAGUGGGUUCGUUCUGUCCUUCAGAUGCUCCUUGGUAGUACCAGGGAAGGAGCCCAUCCACUGGCCCACAAGAUAUUCCUUGGAAUCAAUUUUUAUGGGAAUGAUUUUCCCCUUUCUGAAGGUUCAGGUGGUGGAGCUAUUACUGGAAGGGAUUACCUGUCUUUAUUGGAGAAGCACCAGCCUGAAUUGCAGUGGGAGAAUAACAGUGGGGAGCAUUUCUUCUUGUACUUCGAUCAUAACCAAAUCAAACAUGCAGUGUUCUACCCAACAUUGUUAUCUAUUUCUAUGCGGCUGGAGGAAGCCCAUCUGUGGGGCACUGGCAUAUCAAUUUGGGAAAUUGGGCAAGCUUUUGGAGGUCCAUGUUGGGUUUGAAUGGGGGACUUUCGACGAGAGGGUUGGCGAGGCUCGUGGUAUGCGGAUGCGAAUGUAGUUGACACACUCAGUACUUAGGUGAGUACUCUAGGGGGAGGCGGGUGAAGUGGAAAAUGAGAGUAGGAUAUAUAUAUAUUAAGGUUUAGAAAUGCUACACUUACCUUCUAAAUAUCAUGCUUUUAUUUAUCCAUGAGCAUUGUACUAUGUAUAUGGGACAACUAUUUAAAGCAGUGGAUAAGAAAAAUUAUGAUAUUUGGUAGGUAAAUGCAGCAUUACUCAUUAAGGUUACAUUUAGUUGACAAAAUUUAACUAGGUGAAAAUGAAAUAGAAAUUGUAUACAAAUAUAAUAUUAAUAAAAAAUAAUUAUUCAUACAAAAA